GGGGCGGGGGAUGACUUCAUGCGGCCGGAGCUCCGCGGCGGGAGCAGCUGCAGCCGGCAGGUGGGGCGGGGGCCGGCGCGAGCUGACCACGCACGCGGCCGGCGCGGCGGGACUGCGGCCCGGGGCAGCGGGCGCCGGGACGCGCGCGGAGUCGGUGCGGGGAAGUUUCCUGAUUUUCUGGGAAGGCCUGGUUUACCCCAAAGAAGCGAUUUCUGGUAGAAAUCUGAGAGUCAUCUCUAAUAAAAAAGAAAUCCAGUAUAGCCAAUGAAUUAAGGACAAGAAGGUUUCCAAUCAGUCCCUGCUAUGUGGAUAUUUGUUAGCAAUGACUGAUGUGGAAACUACAUAUGCAGAUUUUAUUGCUUCAGGAAGAACAGGUAGAAGAAAUGCAAUACAUGAUAUCCUGGUUUCCUCUGCAAGUGGCAACAGCAAUGAAUUAGCCUUGAAAUUAGCAGGUCUUGAUAUCAACAAGACAGAAGGUGAAGAAGAUGCACAGCGGAGUUCGACAGAACAAAGUGGGGAAGCCCAGGGAGAAGCAGCAAAAUCUGAAAGCUAACAUCCCACCUUGACCUUCAACAACACCUGACGAUGUCUCAAAUCUCCAGGCGUGGCUGGAAUGCAUUUGUGUCCAUGAGUGAAAAGGGGAAAAGGAAAAUGGCUGUGCUGCGUUGCAGGAACCUGCUCGUUAUGUUAAAAAUGGGGGCAGAGGCUGUGGCUACAGACAGACUUUUCUCUACCUCUGUCAUUAGCAAUGGUUGAAAUCAUGUGGCCUGUGCUUGGAUGUCAUUUUUGUUUGGAUCCUUUCAUAUGACCAUAUGAUGAAAUGCUUGUAGAGAGUAGCACUGACCUAGAUGAUGAUUCUUCCUGUAGCAUCUGGCCCUCACAAUGUCAGAGGAUUUAAUUGUGUCUAAUUGCGGAGGGUUGGUUGAACCCCAGAGUUUAAAUAUCUCUGGUUCAAGUAUUCACCCAGUAAAAGAACCAUCCAGAAAGCACUGUUUUUAGCAUUGUGUAUCUGUGUGUUACUGCUGUGUUCUUUACACUGUUUUGUAUUGUACUAUAUAGAUGCUCAGCACUGCCCCCCCUUCUCGGAUUGCUUAUGAAAAACAAAAAUGAUGUACAUUACUGUGAAUUUUUAUACCACUCAUUUCUAAAAGGGCUGUCUUGUUUUUAAUUUUCCAUAGUGUGGUGGUGUACACAAGAUAGAACACACUUUUUAAAUGUAAUCUUUCCCCUUGAUCACUAUAUGUUGAUGAAGGAAGUCUAACAAAUUCAUCAAGACUUCUUUGCUUUAUUACACAGACAUUCGAAAAUAUCCAUUAAUGUGAAUAUUACCUGAAUUCGGUCUGUUUUGUGUCUGCACAGACAAGAAUUCAAUCUGUCAAUUUUGUUUUAUUCCCAAGUGAACAACUUCUUCCAAUUAAUAUUUUUGGUUUUAAUUAUGAAAAUUUUAGAGAAUUAGGAAGGUAAAAAAAGAAAAAAGCCAAGAUGAUACGAAGAACUGGAAAUAUUUUGUACUAUGGAAUCAAAUUUGUCACAAUGCUGUAUGCUACUAUUUAAAUUUGGAGAACAGCAUACCUUCCCAGAAGGUAUUUUUCAGGCUGAAAAGAUGGAGAUAGUGAUCUUCUUGCAAUCAUGUGGACACUAAUCACAAAAGUAAAGCCCUCAUGUUGUGUUUUUCAUGUCUUUUUUCAGCCCUAUCAGAUCCAAAUGUUAUUAUGCACUUUUUAAUGUUUGUAAACUUUUACUAAUAAUUGGUGUGAAUUGCAUUCUGAUGCAAUAAUUAUCAUCAUUAGAAGCUAACAAAAUUCUCAUUAAUAUGGUGUUUGAUGGCCUCUGCUGUGUUUUGACAUCAUGGUUCUUAUGUGGAAAGUUUUUGUGAGUUGUGUAAUCCCUCUGGUAAGUAUUAUGAAAUCAUUUAUCAGUGGUAAUAAAUAAGGAACCAGUAAUAUGCCAGUGGUUCAUGAAUUACUGGACAAAUAGCAGGCAACAGGAAGUCUCUUUGCAAUAAAGAGCCCACUUAGCUGUCAGGGUAGACCAGCAUUUCAACAGGUAAUCUCUAUGGUAAUACCAGGAACACAGCCCUUCUUUGUAGUAAUAAUUCUAUAUUGGAUAAAAGGUAAGUCUGCUCACAUCUCCCUUUACAAAACUUUUCAACUGACCAGCCGGGAUAAGGGCAUGGAUCUCAUUUAACCCUCAAUCGGAUAUUAACUAGAAGAAAUUGUUAGCAAUGUGAGUCUUUCCAAGAACAGAGAGAGGAAAUAUUAAAUUUUGGAGUACUUCCUUCUAUCUAAGCCAUCAGGGGCCAAAAUCUCCAGUUAAAAUUCAAACAAAUCACCCAUUAGUAGACUCACAAGUGUAAAAAGAGAUUCCUGGGGCUGUUUUAGACAUCUCUAGUAGUCGUUUUUAAACAUCCAACUCCUGUGAUUAGUUUUCAAUAUCCUCAUUUACUAUCUUUGUAGCUUUCUUGUGAACCUGAAGUUCUCUUCUUUCUUAAAGUUGUGGAAUUCUGAACAGAUUUCAUGUAAUUUUGUAAAGUUUAGAACCAGUGCUGAGUAUAUGUGGAGGGUUUAUAUUCCUAUGUGAUACACUAUAAUUAAUGCAUGUGGUGCCAUGCUUGUUUUGAAUAUAUAAAUAGUGCUAAAUUGCAAAGUCAUAUGGAGCUUUUGGUUUAGUUUGGCCUCUUAUUGCUACCUUGUCUGCUAUAUUCAAACCCAGAGAUAUUCCCAAGCCAGGAAUCACUUGUGGAAUAUAAGAUAUGGACUUCCCAAAAUGUCCACAUCUUAUAAAUUUUGCUUGUCAAGAAGUCACAAUAUCUUCCAAAUUUUAUGGUAACAGCUUUUAUUUUUAAAUCAAUAAUAUGCAUGGAUAUGGAUUUUUAAGGGGAGAAGGAAAGGGUAGGAAAUCAAGGUCUUGGUUUGAGAGUAGACACUGGAUACCUAUUAACCAACUACCCCAAUGCUAAUCACUUCACAGCACAUAUUCUACCAUUUAAUCCUCAAACAAUUCAGUUAGAGUGGUAUCUUUGUACCACUUCACAGAUUACAAAAUUAGCACCCAACAAGGUAUAACUUUUCCAAGCUUAAAAGAUAAUAAGUGAUGAAUUUAGGAUUUGAACUUAUGUUUAUCUGUCUCUAAGGAGCUUUCUACUGUGCAUAUCAUAAAAUUAAAGCCAAUUGCAGAGCUGUA